AUGGCCAAGCUCACCGCCGCUGAGCGCGCCGCUCACGAGGAGGGGAAUCUUCACAUGCUGCGCGCUACUAUCGAGCGCACUCUCUGGCAUCUUGAUCCGCACAGUGAAUUGGCCGCUCAUUUGCGGGAGACCACCAAGGAAAUCAGACGACAUACCCUUGCGGGCUUACUUCCAAAACCCAAACCAAAGUCACAACAGAAAUCAAUAUCUUACCCACAACAAGAAGAAUCAGAGGAACCAGAAUUACCUCGGCUUUCUGCACCGCGGCAGCUCUCACCAGCUCGUGAACCGCAAAAAGUCCUCACGAAUGAGGGCAGCAGAUAUCAGCUGCGCGAUAGGCAGGAUCACGUGCCGAUAAUCGAACUUAGCUCUGACAUAUCCUCGGAACUGUCAGACGAGCCCAUUUACGAUUUUGACCAUGCGCCCGAUCAAGGCGAGAGCGCAUCGGCCAGCGACAUGAGCACCUUGGCAAAAGAACAUCAGAAGCCAAGUCGGGAGAUACCAGUAGAAGAGACAUCAGCCGAAGAGGCGCUGACUCAAGAAAUGCCGACGCAUGAGUCCAAAAAGCGACCUGCCGAGGAUGACGGCGAAGACGACGCGUCACCAGUCUCAAAACGCGUCAAAGGCUGGCUGACGCAUAUCACAGGCGGAUACAUGUGA